AUGAACACGUCGCCGGGUUCGACACCGCCGCCAGGUCCUGGAAAUUGCUCAGGUUCUUCGGGAGGAAAUGGAUCUCAAGGACCUCAGGCAGCACAAGGAGCUCAAGCAGCAGAUGGCACUGGUCCCCGUGCUUUCCAGUUCCGAACAUUUUAUGAGCAGCAGCAACAACAACUCUUUGCUGGAGCCAGAAACGAUGUCAUAACCUUCGGUAAGCCCUACUACUUGAAUCCCAAUGAAGCACUGAAUCAAUCCAUAGGAUCAGAGGUCUUCGAUGGUAGUAAUUACACUAUGUGGAGUCGUUCAAUGAUUAUGGGUUUGAAGAUGAAACACAAACUGGGUUUCAUAGAUGGUUCCAUUCCUAUGCCUCCUAGAACAAGUCCAAAUUUCAUAUUGUGGGAUGGUUGUAACAUUGCUGUACUGUCUUGGAUUCUCAACUCCUUGAACAAAGAUAUAAGGAGAUCUGUUAUGAGUCAUGUGAAUGCCAGGGUUCUAUGGGAGGAAUUGAAAAGAAGAUAUGCAAAACCAAAUGCAAUUAGGAUCAUUAAUUUGGAGGAUGAUAUUCACAAAUGCAAGCAAGGAGCUCAAACCAUAAAUCAAUAUUACACAGAGAGAUCAAAGGAUUAUGGGAAGAAAGCUGUUGAUGAUUUAUUACUGUAUGAGCAGAAGCUGAAAGGAGAGAAAGGGAACACUAGGAAGAAGGCACAGAGUGUUGCCUUAGCAGCAGGAGCACCACCUCAGGAAUCAGGGCAGAGAGGUCAAGGAAGAAAAUAUUGUAUCUAUUGUAAAAGACCUGGACAUGUUGUUGAUGAGUGCUGGAGAGCAAAAAGGAAGAAGGAAGCUGAUUCAAGCAGUAAUUCUGGAGGAUCUCAAACAAAUGCACAAAGGUUUGCAGGAUCAGUCUCUCAAGCAAGCUCAGGAGAUUCUUCCACUGCGGUAAGCUAUAACAGUGAUACACCAUAUGGAACUCCUGAUGAUUGGUUUAGCAAAAGAGAAUAG